AUAUUUGAGGAGGAAGAAGCCCCUUAUAAAAUAGCCAAGCAUGGGUGGCCUGGCAGCUGAGCUGCUGUGGUCAGUUGCAGAAGGAGAGCCUCAUCGCCACCAUGAACUUCUCCGGCAAGUACCAACUGCAAAGCCAAGAGAACUUUGAGCCCUUCAUGAAGGCGAUGGGUCUGCCUGAUGACCUCAUCCAGAAGGGAAAGGAUAUCAAAGGGGUGUCAGAAAUCGUGCACGAAGGCAAGAAAGUCAAGCUCACCAUCACCUACGGGUCCAAAGUGAUCCGCAACGAGUUCACCUUGGGGGAGGAGUGUGAACUGGAGACCAUGACUGGGGAAAAGGUCAAGGCAGUGGUAAAGAUGGAAGGUGACAACAAAAUGGUGACAAGUUUCAAAGGCAUGAAGUCCGUGACUGAGCUCAAUGGAGACACAAUCACCAAUACCAUGACAUUGGGCGACAUUGUCUACAAGAGAAUCAGCAAGAAAAUCUAGACAAAGCUCCAUUUCAUAGUCUUUUACAGUGUAAAAUUAAUUCAAUAAAGUUACUUUUGUUUUCAAA